UUCCCUUCAUGUGAUAAAGGUGGUGGAGGUGGAUACAGCAGUCGGAGAACAUCUGGCAGAGACAAAUACGGACCACCUGUUCGUACAGAAUACAGGCUUAUUGUAGAAAAUCUUUCUAGUCGGUGCAGUUGGCAAGAUUUAAAGGAUUUUAUGCGACAAGCAGGUGAAGUAACCUAUGCGGAUGCCCACAAGGAACGAACAAAUGAGGGUGUAAUUGAGUUUCGCUCCUACUCUGACAUGAAGCGUGCUUUGGACAAACUGGAUGGCACAGAAAUAAAUGGCAGAAAUAUUAGGCUUAUUGAAGAUAAGCCACGCACAAGCCAUAGGCGAUCUUACUCUGGAAGCAGAUCCAGGUCUCGAUCUAGAAGACGGUCACGAAGUAGGAGUCGCAGGAGCAGCCGCAGUAGAUCUCGAAGUAUCUCAAAAAGUCGCUCCCGUUCCAGGUCGCGGAGCAAAGGUCGAUCACGUUCUCGAUCAAAAGGCAGGAAAUCUAGAUCAAAGAGCAAAUCUAAGCCCAAGUCUGAUCGGGGCUCCCAUUCACAUUCUCGAAGCAGAUCUAAGGAUGAGUAUGAGAAAUCUCGAAGCAGGUCUCGGUCCCGAUCCCCCAAAGAAAAUGGAAAGGGUGAUAUAAAGUCAAAAUCCAGAUCAAGGAGCCAGUCCCAUUCCAAUUCGCCGCUACCUGUUCCACCCUCAAAGGCCCGUUCUGUGUCCCCUCCACCAAAAAGAGCUUCAAGAUCCCGUUCUAGGUCUCGUUCAAAGUCAAGAUCAAGGUCCAGGUCGAGUUCCAGAGAUUAACUCAGAACUCUCUUGUUCUUUGCACACUAUUAUGGAACACUUUCCUAUUUAGGCAGUUGCUCUUUCAUGUUUAUACUUGGCCUCUUCUGCAAGAGCAAUCUCCUGAAAACAGGGGCACACAGAAAUUUGAUUUGUGGCCAAAUUUGAUGAAAAAGAGGAGGCUCUAAGGAAAUGGUGGCAUGAAGUCAGACACCCUGUCCCUUCUUUGUAGAAUUAAGAUAACUUUGAUUUUAUAGCUUUUGAGCUAAAAUAACUUUUGUAAAGAGUAAGCUCAUUUAGUUGUUUUUUUUUCUUUUUUUUUUUUUAAGUAUUUCAGCAGGAUCUGCUGGCAGGGUUUUUUUGUUUUAUUUGUUUGCUUAUUUUUAAAUUAACUGUUUCAAGCUUUGAAUACUUAAGACUUUAGAGGGAGAACCCAAUUUUCAAUUAUGUUGGCUUUUUAUAAAGCUUGAGUUAUGUAAGAUUUAAAUAAAACUUUGCUACCAAGAUGAUUGCCUUAUUGAAUAGGUCACUAUUAAAUUCCUUUAAAUGUUGGUAUCUGCCAUUUGUGGAAACAUGUAAAUUCUACUCAAGUGUAAACAAGGCAAGCCUCAGAUCAGCAAUAAAUUAUUCAGUUUGGAUAACAUUAUUUUGUGCUGUUAAUCAAAUUUGCCAAAGUCUUUAUCUGCCCCUUUAACAAGUUGAGUAAAAAUAAAAGGUAUUUUUUAGUCAAUCUGUUCCAUGAUUUUGCUUAAAUUAAUUUUAAGUAAUGGAACUUUUUUCAAAGACAAAUUUAAACUCUAAGAAAUAACUCCUAAUACUUGGGAUCUUGUUUAGAUAAUCCAGUUUCUGGAAGUUGUCAGCGUAAUUAGUGUUAGAGAGUGGUUUAGUUGUCUUUAAUGUUUGUCAUGUGGAAAUGGAAGUAGCCUCUUUUUGAUCUGAACUUGAGUUUAUUCAAAGUGUAAAAGCACAUACUGCAUUUUAUGCUGAAAGAUAAUUAUGUUUAACAGGCACUUAAUCUCAGUAAAGUCUGUUGCCAGUUAAGUUCCACCCAGUAGUCCCCUUCGUAGUUAGUGGGGAUUAUGUGAUAAUUGGUUAGAUCAUACUUGUAAAUUUUAAUGCAUUGUGUAAUUGCUUUGAAAAACAGUGAAAUGGGUAAGCCCAAACUUUUGUACUUUAUUACGAGUGAGGUGUAAUGAGUACUGUGGAAACCAAAUUUGAAUACUGCAAAUUUGUACGAGUUACUAGGUUAGCAAUUAGUCCAUACAUCCGUAAGCCUGAUGAGUUGAAAUUGCAGUUGGAGAAGUGAAUUAACCUUACAUUCCUUUUUAAGAUACUUAAUUAUAUAAAGUAAUUUUAUUUAAAAGCAUUUAUUGAUCUUAGUCUGAAAUCAAAAUAUAGAUUAAUUGGCUUAGCUUUAAUACCUUUCCAGGAGCUGUCACAAUGUAGGGUACCAAGGGUUGGAUUGUGAUGGGGCAUGGUCGUACAACACUCAUUGUGCCACAGGUGUGCCUGGAAAGCAUGAUAUUCUAGGGUUGGUUUUUAGGUUCAAAUAAUCCAGAAAUAUGCCUAAUAAGAUAGAGUUGAAAAACUUGAGUCAAAUAUCUAGGGCAUUCACAGAGUGGCUGUGAGUUCUUGGUAGUGUGAAAAAAACCUGUUUUUCAGAAAUUCUGGGUUUCCUGUUAAAAAAUCUUAAAGCCCAACCUUAGGAAUAUAGUGCCCCAAAAGGCGGAUGCUUCUUCCAUUAUCUUAUUUUCUUUGAUACUUAAUUAGAUGUUUAUAAAGAAAUUGGUUUAUUUUUCCAGUAUAAAUCUCAGAAUUUAAGGAAAGAAAGUGGUGUGUGUUACUGUAGUUCAUUGUUUUGCCUACUCAGCAGAAGUGAUGACUCUUAAAAAUUGGCUUUGACCAAAGUUCGCUUGUUUUCAGGGAAAGAACAUAAAAGCUUUUUGAACCACAGCCUUUUUAAAAGAGGGGUGGGAGGAUAUUAUAGUAAGAAAUUUGGCUUUCUAAAAAUAUGAAACAUCCUUCAACUGGGCUUUCUUGUUAAUAGGACAUCAUAUGAUAAUAGACUGGUUUGACUACAUUGUUAGCUGCCCCAGUAAGCAGGUCAUUGUAUAGGUAAAUGCCUGCAUCCAUAAUUUUCUAGUAAUAGCCACAACCAAUUUAUUAAUAGUCAGGGCCUAUCCUUGCCUGUAGUUCUAAGUCACUGGAUGCAUGAAACCACUGUGUAACAUUGGCUCGCUUGAUGAGCAUAGGGUUGACUGAUAAAAUGUUUAGUUCCCUUGCUAACUUGUGAGGAGAAUGAGUUCACGACAUGCUCCAUACCAGUGGCUAGAUAGAGUAUUAAGGUGGAGCAGAAGAGAAGUGAAAACAUCUUGAUUCCCCUUUCUUUCACUUGAUGGUGUUUAUGAACAUGCCGUAGUGCCUUUAUGGCCAGUUUUGAGUCCUGCCUACUUUGACUUUUACGUUCCCAUUCCUGUGUUACCACCUUCCUCCCGAUUUGUUAACCUAUUUUGUGCUUUAAAUCUCAAUAAAAUACUUACUGAGGGAAA